AUGUCCUGGAAGGAGGAGUGUAUGAGUCCCCCCCCAUGUUUCAUCCAGCGCCUGGACCACCUCGUGUUGACUGUGAAGAGCGUUGAGGACACUGUGGCCUUUUAUUCCAAAGUCCUGGGCAUGGAGGUGGUGACUUUCAAGGGAAAUCACAAAGCUUUACAUUUUGGCAACCAGAAGUUUAACCUGCAUGAGGCUGGAGAGUUUGAACCCAAGGCUCAGUGCCCAGUCCCUGGCUCUGCAAAUGUCUGUCUUAUCACACACGUGCCCCUGGACCAGCUGCUGGAUCAUCUGAAGGGCUGUGGGGUCAUUAUUGAAGGGCCAAUAACAUCCAUCUACUUCUGAGACCCCGAUGACAAUCUGAUCGAGGUUUCCAGGUACUGCACAGAUGCGACCGCAAUCAACGGAGGGGAACCCUAA